CGCACUAAUAUAUGCAUAUUUAAUAUUUUCUUCUGUAGUAACAGUCAAUAUAUUCAAAGUAGAUUAAAUUGUAAUCAAGUAUUCUCUGAAUAAAUCAAAUCACUUGUACUCCCGCAUUCAAUGUGUUAAUUGGUUUUACAAUUUUUGUUAAAACUAAGAGCGGUCACACUUGAGCCGUUGUAAAUAUCAGAAUGGUUGGCGUUGAACAAUUGUAUUCGCCACUUGAUGUGGAAAUUGACAAACAUACACUGACUGAAUAUGUGCCUGCCAAACCAUUGGAAAGUAAUCUCGAAGUUGUCUUUAGCGUUACAGAAAAGACCUCAAUUACGCCACAGCUUGAUCCAUGCGGUCAGCUGAGUUGCGGCAGUGCCUUAAAGUUUCCUUUCGCACGUGCUGAUUAUACGCCAAUGGUAGUGUUGAUAUCAGAUGCCAAAGUGCUCGUGGCAGCCGAUGCUACUACUGAAACAAAGCGUGUUGUAGAACUAACGCUGGACAUAGCAUCAUUGGGUGAGCUAGACUACGAGCCCGGAGAUACAGUGGCCAUACUACCCAGCAACUCACCGCAGGUUGUGGCUCAAGUACUGCAACGCCUGAACUUGACCCAGCAAGCGGACAGCGCGUGCCAUGUGAAUCUCGCCUUAAACUGCGCCAAGAAAAGCGCCAAAGUGCCCGCUCACAUACCCGCGCUGACUACUCCACGAGAGAUUCUAACGUAUUGCGUCUCGCUACGCUCAGUACCGCAAAAACAGUUCCUCAGCGCCUUGGCCAGCUACACCAGUGAAUUGAAGGAGCGCUCUUUUCUGGCGAGUCUCUCCUCCAAACAAGGCGUCGCCCACUAUCAGACACUCAUAUUGGAACGUGGCUUAUGCUUUCUGGAUCUUUUGGAGCUAUGCGCCAGCUGUCAGCCAACGUUAGCCCUACUAGUAGAACAUUUACCACGCCUUCUACCCCGCCCAUAUUCUAUAGCUAACAGCCCAUUGGAGAGCGCGCACCAGCUGCGUAUAGUUUACUCCAUACGCGCACACAACCCUGGCGUCACGACUAGCAUGCUCGAAGCCAAGGUUGAACAGUACUUGCUGCAGCAGAAGCCAGUCCAACUUUAUGUUUAUCCGCGCAUGCCGAAUGCAUUCCGUUAUACCGAUCGCGAGUUGACAAGCAAUCAAAUUCUUAUAGCUGUGGGCACGGGUUUGGCCCCUUUUCUAGGCUUUCUGGAGCACAAGCAACUACGUCAGCAACACGCCACAGGUCAAACCUGGCUUUAUGCUGGCGCCAAGACGCCACAGGCUAUGCUCAAACAAGAGCAACUGGUCAUCUGGCAAGAAAAUUCAAUCCUACAGCAUCUGCGUCUUUGCUAUUCCCGUAGCUCGGUGGCUGAGCAGCCGAAAUAUGUGCAGCAAUUGUUGCAACAGGAUGCGGAGCAGCUUGUUGAGCUGCUGCAGCAACCCACAACUAUUUUAUACGUUUGUGCAGAUGGUGCAAAAAUUUCCAAAUCCAUUGAAGAUAGUCUGCGUUGCUGUCUACAACAGGUUCUAAGCCUAGACGAAACGCAAGCCACACAUCAUCUCAAAGAGCUGCGUACGCAAGGCAAAUAUCGUGAGGAUAUUUGGCUAUAAUUACAAAUUACGGUUGAUUACCUCAACAUUCAUGGUAAACUUGUUAGCAACUUUUAAUAAAUGUGGUGCUUGAUUUUACAUUUGUGCAUUUUCAGUUUUAUUUUUGUUGGUUUAAAGGGAAAUUUAGAAAUAAACGAUUUCAUAUAAUCAGCGCUGCCAAUUUAACUAUUUUCUCGCCUUUUCCGGGCGAAUAG